GUCGGGCGGCCCUGAAGGAGGGCGGCGCGGCGGCUCGGCGGCUCAGCUGCUGGGCGGCCCGGCGGCUCGGUGGCUCCGCUGCUGGGCGGCUCGGCUGCUGGGCGGCUCGGCUGCUGGGCGGCGCGGCCGCUGGGCGGCUCGGCUGCUGGGCGGCUCGGCUGCUGGGCAGCUCGGCUGCUGGGCGGCUCGGCGGCUCGGCUGCUGGGCGGCUCGGCGGCUCGGCUGCUGGGCGGCUCGGCUGUGCUGCUGCAGGGCACGGGGCCGCAGGUAAGGGCGGCGGGGCCGCUGGUGACAGCAGUGACGACGACGACAGGGAAGGAGGAUGUGGUGGUGCUGGGCCUGCAGAAGAUGAUGAGGAGGAGGAGGAUGAGUUUGAUGAGGAAGAUACUAGCAAAUACAGCUGA